AUAACUUUGUUAGUACAAAAAAUUACGAUAAAAUUUGUAACAAAAAUACCUAAUGCCGAGACAACGUUAAGUGAUUUUAUUUUAAUUAAAUCGUUUAUUCUCUAAAUUAUCUGUGAUUGUUGUGUCUUUAAGAUGAGGUUAUUAAUACUUUCAUUGUUUAUUAUUGCUAAUGUUAGCAAUAAUAGCAAGGCAUCUCUGGAAAGUUUUUUGCCGAGUAAUGAUAAUAUUUUUCUAACCGACACCACCAAAAGUUCUGACAAAUCGUGUAACCGACCUUGCAAAUUCAAUGUGAAACCUCGACGGUGUCAUUAUGAUUUCGAAAUAAGUCCAGCAUUUGGUGAAGAUGAAAGGCCAGCGUUAACUGUUAAUGGUCAAACCCCGGGACCAUCAAUCCAUGUAUGUCUACAUGAUAUAAUUGUUGUUAAAGUAAAAAACAAAAUACCCAGUCAAGAUAUUACGAUGCAUUGGCAUGGCAUCGAACAGAAAGGAACUCCGUAUAUGGAUGGAGUGCCAAUGAUAACACAGUGUCCGAUUUCGUAUGGAUCUGUUUACGAAUAUGCGUUCGCUGCUUCGUCUCCUGGGACGUUUUUCUAUCAUUCAGAUUCAGUUUUACAUCAGAGCGAUGGUGUUUACGGAGCUCUCAUCGUGGAACAACCGCAACCUUUGGAACCACACGCUGCGUUAUACGACUAUGAUAGAAGUGACGAACAUACAUUGCUCAUUGGCGCCCGAUUUCCGGAGCUACUAACAGCGAAACUUGAAGACACGAAUCAGAUACGACCGGAUGGUAUACUGAUCAAUGGUCAUGAAGUAAGCACUAAGAUAUUUGUGAUACCAGGCUACGGAUACCGGUUACGUUUGGUCAACGCAAUCGCUUUAGAAUGUCCCCUAGUUAUUCACGCUUAUCGCCAUGUGAUGACCGUCAUAGCGACCGAUGGGAAAUCAGUUCAGCCAGCUACGACGUCAGCUGUUAAACUAUAUCCAGGUGAGCGCAUGGAUGUGGUCAUAAGAGCGGAUCAACAAACUGGCGGUUACUGGAUCGACGUCACCGGUGAGGGAGAUUGUGAUGGAUUGAAAGCCCAAGCAAUGCUUCUGUAUUCGGGCUUUAACUACACUUCUAUGCUAACUGAGGAACCGAACGUGGACACAGAUUCUGGAUUAGAAACACGAGAUACGAUCAGCAGUCAACAUUUGCAAUCGCAUCGAGAUGUGCCUUCUGUUAGUAGCGUUAAGUCGAUAUAUCUCGGAAUAGAUAAAACUUAUCCGAAGUUCAAGGACAACGAUAUUGAUUUUCGUUAUAUAAGCGAUGCCGUGCCAAAGAAGCCUUUUAUACCAGCUGUGCUUUCGUCAUUAGAUAACGUUCUUCAGAUAAACGGUAAAAAUUUCCUUUACCCUAACGCACCGUAUCUACUGAAACCGCGCGAUGUUCGUCCAGAUACCGUUUGUUUCGUGGGAGAGGAAGAAAGUAACAAGCAGCCUCAAUGUGUACUGGUUUUAAAUGCCAAACUAAACGAAGUUGUGGAACUGGUCUUAGCAAAUGAAGGACUAAGACACAACGAUUCCUAUACUUUUCAUAUGCACGGUUAUGGUUUGCAAGUGGUUACAACCUGGCGAAGUCCUGACAAUAAACCUAUAAAUAGAGCAGAGAUUCAAAGACUGGAACGUGAUGGAAAAAUUACAAGAAACUUGAAAAAUCCACCAGUGAAGGACACUUUUGUGGUUCCAAAUAAGGGAUUGACGGUUGUUAGAUUUACACCAACGGUGGGUGGAAGUUGGCUCCUGGAGUGUAGGUCAUGUUCUUUCUCUUUACCAGUUGCUAUUAUCAUAAGCGUUCCUCUUUCUAUACCUAAACUGGUUCUUGAUUCAUUGCCAAGUUGUGGUAACUACAGACCAGCUGAUGUAUUACUUAAUUGAUUCAAAUAGUCUUAUAAGAGUUUGAAAAUGUACAUAAUUAGAAGAAUAAGUGAAAAUAUAUACCAAUUAAGUUGUAUAUAAUUAAAUCUUAAUAAGGUUAUUUAUUUAUGGGUUGUGUCCGUGACUUUGAACUAAAGGAGAAGUCCUUUGAAUAUGAAGGUACUCACGCAGCGUCGUUUAUAAGUUAAAAAGUAUGAUAUGAAGAUUGAAAGCGAAUAAAUUACAAAAGUAUUUCUAAGAAAUUUAUAUAAAUAAAUGGAGUUUGGAAUGAUAUCGUCAUGACUGUUAUCAAAGUGUCCUCGUCUUUUUCGAGCAAGGUACAUUGUAAGACAAUGUUUGUAAAACUAUUCUGUAAGAACAACUCACCGCAGAUAAUGUUCUUGAAAAGUCAGAUGGUGAUAUGUGACAUAGACAAUUAUGAUUCUAAAAUUAAAUGGAAUCACAUCGAAAUCAAAAGUGUAUCAAAACACCGGCUUUCAACAUUUCAAGAAUACGAAGUGAGAUCUUACAGAAUAGCACUUCUGAAAUCUAUUAACACCUGUCGUAUCCUCUCUUGUGAUAUUAUAGCGGUUAUCUCUGCUUGAAUAACUCUUUUGAGGCUGGCGAGAGUGUGGUUUUGAUGUGUGUGUAUAUAGUAUCAAUAUACUAAAUUAAUAUUCAAAGUUUGUUACACCCUGUUAUUGGCUUAGAAAUUGAUUAUCCCAUACCAACUUUCAUUGAAAUAUCUGUUUAGUCUUUGUUAAUCCUUAAUAUAUCCCGUUGUUAUAAAAAGUACCAAAUUUAAAUAAACUUGUUACAUUAAAACGUUUAGUCUGAGAAGUUUUGU